AAUUUCAGAUUCUUACCCCUUUCUUCCUAUUGAAUCUAGAUAAUGAAUGCACCAAGUUAUGAAGUUCAUAGCAACAUAAACAAAGCAAUGAACCCAUUCUUCGAGGAAGCCAUAUAUGGGUUCUUUGAGGAAUCCAAAUCUGGGUUCCACAACCCAGAAACUGGGUUCCUCGCGGCACCCACAAUGAUGAAGAGCAUGGAGAAAGGGAUGGCGAAGAGGAUUGUGAAGAUGAUGAAGAGGAUGGUGAAGAUAAACGAUGACAUGAUGAUGCUCAAGGAUGAGGGUGAGAUGAGGACGAGGAUAAGGAUGAGGAGAAAGAAGUAGAUGAAGAAAUUAAAGUUAAUUAUAUUUG